AUGAACAACAAGUCCGCGGCCGAGAAUUCGGCGGCCACUGGCUCACAGGCCGUGGAUGAAACUCAGCUGAAGGAGGCGAUGCAGCGCCUCAAGCUCCUUCACAUCAAGUCGCGACUGCUGCGCGAUACCAUCCCCAGGAUGAUAGAACCCCUAGUUCAGAAGCAGCCAUCACCCGACGCCAUGUUCAGCUCGUUUGUCAAGGCCGCAACCGAUGCUCAAACAGAAGUCAAAGAGUUUGCCGAUCUCAUGAGAGACGAAGAGAGCAAGAAGGCGCUGGCCAUGGCGGACAAGAGCCGAGAAGAAAAUCCAUUUGGCAUAAAGCCAUGGGCGCAUAAGGACCACCCAGAUUGGUUCGACAUGGACAAGAACUGA